ACCACUAUAAAAACAUCCUGAAUCCUUGAACAAACAUAAAUAAAACCCAACAAAAUGCAUUUCAAAACCUACCAAAUUGCUCUACUUAUCAUUCUCUUCUUAAUUACUGCCACUUUGGCAUACAACCCUAAAGGUGGAAGAAAAACCCUUGUGAACCAAAUGUCCACUUCAACUUCAACUUCAACUACUGGAUCAGCCCAUGGUUCCAACUGGGACAGUAGUUGGGGUUAUGGGUCAAGCCCUGGGGGUGGGUGGGGUUACGGGUCGGGUUCAGGCCGGUCUCCUCAUGGGUUUGGUAAGGGGUAUGGGUUUGGUUAUGGGUCUGGGAGUGGAAGUGGGAGUGGUUCAGGAUCUGGUUAUGGGUACGGGUCUGGUGGAGGUGGUGGAGCUCAUGGUGGUGGACAUGGUUAUGGCGGUGGAAGCCACGGAUAAAGCGGUUGCAGUUCUUUUGAAAAAUAUGUGUUUGGUUUAAUUGUAUGAUAAAUUGAUGUUUCACUGAACAAGGUAUAAGAGUGUUUUAGUAAUCUAAAUGUAUGCUAUGUAGUGUGGUGUGCAAGAUCAUUGUGAUUAUGAUUGUGUUUAUAUUUGAUGUAACGUGACAUGGUUAAGUGUAUUUUAUUAAGUUUUCUCUUCAUAAAUCAUUGAACUUGUAGGUUUGUAAUUUA